GGAGCCUCCACAAUGGCCUGGGGUUGCUUUGUGGCACUUCUGCUGGUGGCAGCUUCCCUGGGGCUGGGUCAGUAUCUGCACCGGGAGCCUGGCCUCCAGUACAGUUAUGACUGUGGGCUGCGGGGUAUGCAGCUGCUGGUGUUCCCCAGGCCAAGCCAGACCAUCCACUUCAAGGUGCUGGAUGAAUUUGGGAACCGGUUUGAGGUGAAUAACUGCUCCAUCUGCUACCACUGGGUCACCUCUGAGCCCUGGGAGCCCGCAGUCUUCUCCGUUGAUUAUAAAGGCUGCCAUGUGCUGGAGAAGGAUGGGCGUUUCCACCUGAGGGUGUUCGUGCAAGCCUUGCUGCCUGACGGCACAGUGGAUGUAGCACAAGAUGUCACUCUGAUCUGUCCCAAACCAGACCACAUGGGGACUCCGGACCACACAGGGACCCCAGCCCACAUCAAGACCCAGGACCCACACCUGGCUCCACCAAUCAUGCCUUCGACUUCUAUGCCUCAUAUUCUUACUCCCUACCCUGUUUCUGCCCACACCUUGACUGGCUCUGGCUACACCAUUCCCAGCACAUUGUACCCAGAGCAGAGUUUUGUCCACCCAACUCUUGCCUCACCAUCCCCAUCCCCGGGACCUGGAACUACCGGGCCCACCCUUCCUCAUCCCCAGUGGGGUACCUUGGGACACUGGGAAGUAACUCAGCCUAAUUCUGUAGGUACCCAUCGGCCCUGGGAGCAGUGUCAGGUGGCCUCUGGGCACUUCCCUUGCAUGGUAGGAAAUAGUUCCAAGGAAGCCUGUCAGCAAGCUGGCUGCUGCUAUGACCACACCAGAGAGGUGCCCUGUUACUAUGGCAACACAGCCACCAUCCAGUGUUUCAGAGGGGGCUACUUCAUCCUGGUUGUGUCCCAAGAAGUAGCCUUGGCACACAGGGUUAUGCUGGACAAUGUCCACCUGGCCUAUGCCCCCACUCGAUGUCCCCCAACCCAGAAGACGAGUACUUUUGUGAUCUUCCAUGUUCCUCUCACCUUCUGUGGAACAACAGUCCAGGUGGUUGGCAAGCAGCUCAUAUAUGAGAAUCAACUGGUGUCUGACAUCGAUAUCCAAAAGGGGCCACAGGGUUCCAUCACUCGGGACAGCACCUUCCGGCUUCAUGUCCGCUGUAUCUUCAACACUGGUGACUUCCUGCCCAUCCAGGCAUCUAUAUUCCCUCCCCCACCACCUGCUCCCGUGACCCACUCUGGGCCCCUGCGUCUGGAGCUGCGGAUUGCCAAGGAUGAGAUUUUCAGUUCCUACUAUCAAGAGGAUGACUACCCCCUUGUGAGGCUGCUCCAGGAACCAGUCCAUGUGGAGGUCCGGCUCCUGCAGAGGACAGACCCUAGUCUGGUCCUGGUGCUACAUCAGUGCUGGGCCACUCCCAGUGCCAACCCCUUCCAGCAGCCCCAGUGGCCCAUCCUUUCAGAUGGGUGUACUUUCAAGGGCGACAACUACAGAACACAAAUGGUGGCUAUGGACAGGGUGAAGCAGCCCUUCUCAUCUCACUACCAACGUUUCACCAUCGCCACCUUCACCUUCCUUGAUUCCAGCUCCCAGAGAGGCCUCAGGGGACUGGUCUACUUCUUCUGCAGUGCCUCUGUCUGCCACCCAUCAGGGACUGAGACCUGCUCCUCUGUGUGUGGCUCUAGAAUUGAAAGACGACGUCGGUCCUCAGGUCACGACAACAGUACAGCCAGGACCCUGGACAUUGUAAGCUCUCUAGGAGCAGUAGGAUUUAAGGACUCUCCCACAACCAUCUCCACUCCUUCCUUGACAGGCUCCGGCAGGAACUCCAGCCUGAGAUCUAUGUUUUGGAUGCUGCUGACGCUGCUGGCCAUCACCCUGGUGUUGGGGGCUGGUGUCUUUGUGAGUCUAAGCAGGGCCUGGGCCCGGAAACUGUGGAAAGCUAAUGGAAGUGGGGCCUCUGUCUCUACAGCUAUGGGAAGCCAUCAUCCAUGCUGGGGUGAGAUUUUCAGGUGCUGCACCUGCCCUGGGGUCACCACACUCCUAUAAAUAACCCCUCACCCAUGCUCUGGAAGACCUUGAUACUCUGUAAGGUGGGGGCAGACUUAUACAUCUCCCCGGGGAAAGAGUUCAAAGACUUUGCCAAAGAUAACUUCCUUGGCAGCUGGAUUCAAGGUCUGGAGACACAUGGCCUAGGCCCCAGCUCUUUACCUUAUUCUGGCUGUAACAGCUAUAUCUGUCAAAUCCCUCCACCCCACCUCCAGCUUUUAUAAACCAAGGAAGCCAGACACAGCAUAGGCUUUGGGACUGAGCCCCAAAGUUCCAUCUGUGAACACAUGGCCCUGUCCUGUAGAUGACGAUCUAAAAUAGAUGCACAAAGAUUAAGAGAUCCACUGGAGGCAUGAACCAUGGGGCUCUGAGGAGGGUCACUCAAGUGGCAGGGAGGACCUCAAGGAGAAGUAGUGCAGUAGUAGCAGCAGGUAUUUAAAAUAGCAGUAUUAUGUCUAGGCCCUUUAUUGAGGACAUUUAUGCAAUCCUCAGUGUCCCUAAGUGAAACAGCCACCUAUUAUGAAGAAAUGGAUAGAGGAUCUGUCCAAGGUCCUACAGCUAAAGUACCAGCCCGGAUGGCAAGCCAGGAGCACAAGUCCAGACUAUGCUCCUCCCCUCCACCCUAUGCCCCAAAGCCCCAAGGAUGUAUGCCACAAAGAGCAGCUUAGGCUGUGGCACAGGCCGUUGUAAGAGCCUUGCUUUGGCCAGGCAUGUAGUACAGGUCUGUAUUCCCAGCACUUGGGAGGCUAUGGCAGGGGGUGGAGCAUCUUCAGCCUGGGCUCCACAUAGCUCAGAGGGCAUGUUUACCUAGCAUACAUGACAACCCUGCCAUGGGGGGGAAGGUGGUGCAAAAAGGUGUC